CCUCAUCAUAGACCGAAAGGACAUCACAAUUCGAUUUGUUUUCAUGUUGGUCGAGACUUGGAAGGGACACGAUUUGUCGCAUUUAAAACUCCGCUAGAUAAAUCGUUUUUCUCGGGGAAGCACGACUUGACCGACGAUGACUACUUCGAUGUUGAUCGAAUUGCUCGUCAGGCAGGUAAAGUUAUCGGUAUGGUAGUCGAUCUCACAAACACUGACAGAUAUUACAAUAAAGCAGAGUGGGCAAACCAUAAUAUCAAAUAUGUAAAAAUGAACUGCCCGGGACACGAAGUUAGUAACCGUGAAGAUAUCGUCAAGAAAUUUUUAAACGUCGUUNUAGUCGAUCUCACAAACACUGACAGAUAUUACAAUAAAGCAGAUCUAUAUAAUUUCUUUCCUACUUCCUUUUCAAUUAAAUUGAUUGGUGUGCAUUGCACGCACGGUCUGAAUCGCACUGGCUAUUUGAUAUGCCGAUAUCUCAUCGAUCGAAUGGGCUGGUCAGCUGAGCGAGCUAUAUCGUUGUUUGAGUUCUCACGGGGCCACCCUAUAGAACGUGGACAUUACAAGAAAAGUUUAUACGACGCCGAAAAACGGAUAUCUGAGGCAUGUUAA